AUGGGUGCCUUCAUUCGCCAUGAGACACCUUACUGGAAAGAGGCAACCUUUUACCAAGUCUAUCCAGCUUCCUUCAAGGACUCCAACAAUGACGGUUGGGGAGACCUUCCCGGUCUCAUCUCCAAGCUGAACUACAUCCGCGAUCUAGGCGUUGAUGUAAUUUGGGUUUCGCCCAUUUUCGAGUCGCCCCAGAAGGACAUGGGAUAUGAUGUUUCCGACUACCAGGCCAUCUACGCACCCUACGGCACGGAACUGAAAGUCAUCCUAGACCUGGUGGUUAACCAUACCUCGUCUGAGCACCCGUGGUUCAAAGAAUCGCGGUCAUCAAGAAACAACCCCAAGCGAGACUGGUACAUCUGGAAACCGGCGCGGUACGACAAGAAUGGUAUCAGACACCCUCCUACCAAUUGGCGAGGGUACUUUGCGAGCUCAACCUGGACAUGGGACGAGACAACGCAGGAGUACUACCUCCAUUUGUAUGCCGCCGACCAGCCAGACCUCAACUGGGAAAAUAAAGAAUGUCGAGAGGCCAUCUACGAAGAAACUAUGCGCUUUUGGCUUGAUCGCGGGGUUGACGGAUUCCGCAUCGACACGGUGAACAAGUACUCGAAGCGACAAGAUUAUGUCGAUGCGCCGAUUACAGAUGCUGAUUCUGAGCACCAACCGGCCCCGGAGAUGUGGUGUAAUGGCCCUAGAAUACACGAGUUCAUCAACGAGAUGAACCGCAAAGUAUUGGCUCCGUACAAUGCCGUCUCUGUGGGAGAGCUAUCCUUGACUCCGCACCCGUCUCAGGUUGUCCCAUAUGUGUCUGCCGCGGCUAAAGAACUCGAUAUGGUUUUUGAGUUUUCCGUGAUUCGUCUUGGAACGGGGGACGGUUUCGGGGCAAAAUAUAUUUACAACCCGUACCCUCUCACCAAGCUCAAGGACCUCACACAAACAUGGCAGUCGUUUGUUGAAGGAACAGACGCUUGGGUAACUGCCUUUAUAGAAAACCAUGACAACGGCCGAGCCAUAUCGCGAUUUGGAAAUGCUUCCACUCGCGAAAAGUGGCUGUCGUCUGGCAAGACUAUUGCUCUAUGGCAAGCUACCCUCACCGGGUCGCUCUUCAUAUACCAGGGGCAAGAGAUUGGCAUGGUGAAUAUGCCAAGGACCUGGGGCAUAGAGGAGUACAAGGAUAUCGAAAGCCGCAACUUUUACGCCGAGGCAGCUGCGUCAGGUAGUGACGAGAGGGUGCGAGACACAAUGAAGGGUCUGCAGAUUCUGGCAAGAGACCACUCGAGAAUCCCCUUUCAAUGGGACAGCUCACCCCAUGCUGGAUUCACCGACAACGGAAAGCCUUGGAUGCGAGUGCACGACAAUUACCAGUCCGUCAAUGCCUCGCAGCAAAUUGAAGACCCGGAGUCGAUACUAAACUUUUACAAGGCCGUCUUGAACAUGAGGAAGGAGUAUUGUGAUGUCUUCAUCCACGGAUCCUUCAAGCUGAUUGACGCAGAAGACGAGAAGAUUUUCGCAUAUGUUAAAACAUCUAGCAAGCGGGUCAAUGAGCGCGGCCAAUUGGCAAAGGCAGUCGUGGUGCUGAAUAUGAGCGACGGAGAACACGAGUGUCCGAAUCUAACAAAGUCGCUGAAGGGCAGCGAGGACGACUGGCGGUGUUUGAUCAGUACCGAAACAGGUAUUGCGGGGAGCAAGGCGGAUAGAUGCUCAUUGAUCGGUGCUUGGCAUGGGCGCGUGUAUGUCAAUUUUAGCAAUUAUCAAUAA